AUGACACGACCCGCAACCACAAUCGCCAUCGCCGCCAUCCUUGGCCUCCUCGCCGUCAUUGCAGGUGCAGCUGGCACACACGCACUCCGCAACACACUUGACGCAGACGCACUCCGCACCUUCGAGACCGCCGCCCGCUUCCAGAUGUACCACGCCCUCGCGCUCCUUGCCACCGGCAUGCUCUCCAUGCGCUGGCAGAUUCGCGCCCUCACCAUCGCCGCCGCGCUCUUCACGCUUGGCACAGUGCUCUUCAGCGGCAGCCUCUACAUCCUCGCGCUCACCGGUAUCGGCAUCUUCGGCGCAAUCGCCCCCAUAGGCGGCAUCUGCCUCAUGGCAGGCUGGGCAACCCUCGCCUUCGCCGCCUUCCGCACGAAGUAG